CACACAUGAACAAACACACUCUGAACUUUUAGCACAUAUUGGAGCGGACGUCCUGACUAACGCUGGCUGUGGAUGGUGGAGCGGCUCUCUGCAGACUGAACACUCAGGAGAGGACACUGUUACUACAACCAGAGCAGACAACAUCCAUUAGAGUCAAGAUGGAAACGGCUCAGGAGCGCAAGCCAAAAAGGCCCCACUACAUUCCCCGACCGCCAGGCAAGCCUUACAAGUACCAGUGUUUCCAGUGUCCUUUCACCUGCAACGAAAAGUCCCAUCUCUUCAACCACAUGAAAUACAACUUGUGUAAAAACUCCAUCUCCCUGAUGUCACAGAAAAAUGGGCAAACGGCCCGACAGGUCAAAGCUGUAGUAAAAGGAGUCCCUGUCAAAUCGAAGGACUGCCCAAGCCCCCUGCCAGCAAUUCAGAAAAUCAGUCCUGAGAAACAAGGCACUGAGGAGAACAAAGCUGAGAGCGGAGACGACACAGAAGAAGUAGAUGUUGGGUGUGACAGUCCAGUCAGUAAGGACAGUUUGAGUGUGGCACUAUCAAAUGCAGAGACAGAGGGAGAGAACAGAGAGAGCACUGAGGCCAAGUCUCUGCUACGCCCAUCUGCCUUCUCCCCCGUCACACCCAAAAGUGACGGAACAGAAGUCUUCAAGUCACCUGUGCAGCAGUCAGAGGAUUCGCAAGCUCCUGCUCCCACUUUCAGCCACCCGGGCUUCCCAUGGGGCACUAUUUCAUCAUCCAUUCCCUUGAAACCAUUCCCCCCUCCCAUGGUUCCUGAAUACUCUCCUUAUCUCCUUCCUGACGGGCCCCUGUAUCCACCGUACUACCUCCCAGCAAACCACCUGACAAAUGAGCCAAAUUCUCCUUCUUUCCGGGCACAGUUUAUAGAUCCCCAGAGGCCUGUGGUGCCACAACCCAUUGCCCCACCUCACACUUCCCUCUUCCCCCCAUACCCAUACAGAUACUGCCUCCCUCUUCACCCGGGCCCCCCUCUGCAUUAUACCCUGUACAGACCCCAUGAGCUCUCCAUGCCAAUUACAGGACCACGAUAUCUUCCUUUGGAUUUGUAUGGCUCGACCCUCGGGCCUAAGGAUUAUGACUUAUACAUGCACUCACGGCCCAGUCCCAACACAUCUACACAAGAGGAGAGCAACCACAGGCAAAGUGGAGACAAGGAAACAAGGCUGAGUCCUAAAGAGGGCUGUUCAGCCUUGGGGUCCCCUGACAGACCAUGUCAUGCACACAUCAUCCAGAGAGACACAGAGACCCCACACUACACCAACAAGGGUGACUCGCAGACAACCACCCAACAAGGAAACACAGCUACAGCCAUGCAACCCAUCAAAACUGACUUAAGACACGAGGAGCCCGCAGAAAGCUUGCUCCAGUUAAGACCUCUGCAUGUUGAUGGAGGAUCAGCUGAGAGCAGCAGAUAUUACUCUGUACCCGUUUCUGAGCCGUGUCCUGAAACUACACCACACCGAGAAGAUGAGGACAACAGAGAAGACCUGGCUCCCCUCAACCUCUCAACAAGAAACAAAGACAAAGACAAAAGUCCAUCAGACCACAGGUUGAGCUGCUCGGACAGAGAGAAAUUAAAGGGGGAAGAGUUGCCUCUGAAUCUCAGCCUACGAGCUUCUUACAGCAGCCCUGUUCACUGCUCUGCCCAGAGCACUUCUGGAGAUCUUCAGCAGAGAACAGACACUGAGCUAGAUGAAGAACCAUGUGACCAGAGGCAGACUGCAGCACUGGCACUGUGUCAACUAGCCAUUGCAAGCUCUGCUGCCUCUUCAUGUGACUUCAGCACUGCAGAUAAGCCCUCGGAGGACUCAGAAAGUGCAAGUUCUGGCUCUCCAAAGAAGACCAAACACACAACAAAGGCUACGACAACUGGCAUGAAAAGAGGAUACAGUGGCCAGGCUGAAAACAAGUGCCAUAAACCAACCAAGAGAGCAAAAGCAUCAGGGCGGCCUCUGAGGAGGAGGCCUCGUUGCUGCUAAACUCUGACUGAUAAUAUUUUUUUUAAAAAAGGACAGUAUCUCUAACCUUCAC